AUGAUACUAGAUCCAUCUACACCUCACCCCGGGAAACAUGAUGAAGAAGAGGUUGCCAGUUUCUGGAGCACGAUGGAGAAGAUGGUGGAAUUGCCUGAGGACGGAAGGCCGGAUGAAAACAUCAAUUCGAUUCUUGUUGGGUAUGUCAAGAACGCCUCGGAGUCGUACAUGAGUUUUAUAAACUCUGACAGGGAUCUGUGUAAGAUGGCAGUAACGCUCACGGAAUCGGUUGCGUUUCGUGAGAAUCUAGAGUUCUGCUUGAGCAAGUUGUUGUCAUUAUUGAACAUUGACCUCUUAGAGAUGAACAUGAAGUUCAUCAUUGCGUACAUUCUGCUUUGGGAAUCGAAGAACAAUCUACAUUCCUUGGAGAUUAUGUUGGAAUUCCAGGGCUUCAAUGUAUUCUAUAAUACUUUGUACACGCAAUUUGCGUACUUGAACAAGUAUGGUGAGGACAAGAACAUUGCUCGAGAGAGGCCCACUGACGCAAACUUCGCCGAACUGUCGGAAAUCGAACUGAAAAUUGUCGAUGGAAUGAAACAGAUUUCAACGGUCUUGAUGGACCUCAUAUUUCAAGUUCUGAAAUAUUGCAAAUGUUCAGUGAGAAAUGUGCAGAUAAUCGACGAUUUCUUUGUCUACUAUCUUAUGACUUCGAUUAGAUCAGACACGGUUACCGAUAUGUUCAACAAUACUCAAUUCAAACUUUUGUUAGCCCUGAAUGAGCAAUACAUGAUAUUGAGGAAAGAAUAUGAGAUCGAAAACAAAGUCUUCGUGUAUCUCACUAAUGAUGCUGUCACGACGAAGUUUACGGAGCUGUUGCUCUUAAAAUUCAACAGAGUGCAAGACAAGUCACUGCAAAUAAUGAUGUGCAAGAUUCUUUACCUGAUUUUGACAGCGGAUCGCGGCAGGAUAGCCAAGAGCUUCUUCUAUUUAAACGAUCUGAACGUCCUUGUCGAUGUGCUGAUCAGGGAGCUUGAGAACAUAGCGGAAAAUGAAGAAACGUUGAGAAACUACUUCUUAAGAAUCAUGGAGCCAUUGUUUGUGAACACUCAAUUGUCGACGACGCAUUACAGAAAAGAUGAUCUUGUUAGAGUACUGCUUUAUUUAUCGUCCGUUGAUAAUUUCUGCAGUAGUGAUAAGGUAUUGAAGGAACAUCGGACAACGGCAAAAUUGGCUUCUCGAAUACUUGACCGUGUGGAGUGGCUUAAUUGUCUCGCAACUGAGGCUGACGCGUUUGAUUCUGAUACAUCAACAAGCAGGAAGUCGAGCGUUAGUGGCUUAGGGAUUACUCCGAUUACCACCAUGCCAACCACGGCUGACAAAAGAUCAGACAAUUUAUACAACAACAAGGAACUAGAGCACUCGGCAGAGUCCCUCGGAAGGCGCAAGUCAAGACCUCCUCCACCUCCGCCACCUUCUAGGAAAUUGGGGCUGACCAGAACUAUUACGCGCAGUACUCCAUCAUCGCCGGCACCAUAA